AUGCGACUCGCUCCGUUGAUUCUCCUCAUUCGACGGCUCGCCAUGACUCGUCUCGUAACCAUCUUCCUGAUCGUCUCCUGCUUUCUUCUGGUUCCAAAUGUCUCCUGCUUGACCAAAUUCUAUUUCAAUGGUACCUUCGAGUGCUUCGCGCCGCACUUCCGCCAUCAUAUCACUAUCUUCGAGGAUGAUUGGUUCUUCGAUGACGCUAUCUCCCACAUCGCCGCCAAAAGUUCGCAUGCCCCACACUUCUUUGAGGCAUAUGCUGAGGACACAACUGAUUAUAGUGGAAACUUUGAACUGUACAUGGAUAUUGUGCACAGUUGCAAUACGAAAGGGGAACAAGUGCUACCAUAUAAGAAGUUGAGAUAUUAUCUUGGCAACUUCCCAGAAAACAUCAAAGAAUACCAUAGAACGCUCCACAUCAACCUGACUGACGCUGGCGAGGACACGACCGAAGUGAUCGGGACGAUGAAGAAAUUCGAAGAGAACAUCGUCGAUGCAAGCAGUGAAUUCAACUGA